CUGGAAUAUAAUCUCUGAGGGAUGCGCCUCCCUUCUCCCCCAGCCCUCUAAGCACAUACGUUCAGGGCUGCCAUUAUUAUACUUGCAGCCUUUCUCCAAAAGUCACAAUGCGAUUCUGGAAUGGUUUUGUCCCAAUUGCCCUAGUUCCCGUUGUCGCAGCUAGUUUCCACUAUGGCGUUGUCAGUUGCAAAUCCCCCAUGAACUUGGAACCUCUAGAGUAUGGGAUAAUCCUCCCCUCAUACAACGACACUUGCGAAGCUGCAACGAGCUCGAACCUUGAGGUGCAGCAGCAGUACAACCUCGGCGAGUCUGACCACUAUCCAGUGGUCGUGUCAAUUUGCAAUGUUUUCGUCGUGUGGUCACGCUCCACUCACAAUUGGACGAGCCUACAUGGAACCACUGCUGGGGUGUGUUACGAUCUUUCUGGCGGUCCGCAAAUUCAGAACUGCAAUGUUGGGGUUGCUGCAUGCCAAUACAUUGACGAGGGCUACUGCACGUCGCACGUGUGCGCUACACCAGGAUCUAGCGAAGCACAGUGACCAAUGCAGAAGUCCGAAAUCUAGACGCUAGCUCUCGUCACAAGCCCUGUUAUGUUCAGAGCCGUUGUAAAAAAUGAUGAUGGCAGUUUU